UGAGCGCACCACAGCUGGCACAGAGCUUCUCAGGCCAGUCCUGUUGCUGGAGGGGCGGGGGGGCUCCGCUUCCAACCAACCCAUCCUUCCCUCUGGCUCCGUUUUGUCGUAAUAGGGCGUGGUUGUUCGCGAGCCUUGCGUCUGUCACUUGGGAGCGAGGUUUGGGUCUUGCCCAGCCAAGCCCUUGGACCACCUAGCCCCGCGCAACGAUGAAUUUGGAGCGGGUAUCCAACGAGGAGAAGUUGAAUCUGUGCCGGAAGUACUAUCUGGGUGGCUUUGCUUUCCUGCCUUUUCUCUGGUUGGUAAAUAUCUUCUGGUUCUUUCGAGAGGCCUUCAUUGUCCCCGCAUACACUGAACAGAGCCAAAUCAAAGGCUAUGUUUGUCGCUCUGCUGUGGGUUUCCUCUUCUGGGUGAUUGUACUUACUACCUGGAUCACCAUCUUUCAGAUCUACCGGCCCCGUUGGGGUGCCCUUGGGGACUACCUCUCCUUCACCAUACCCCUGGGCACCCCUUGACAGCUUCAGUAAAAUCCCAGCGACCUGCUCAUUCUUCCAGAAUGGGCUCCGAUGUUCUAAACCCAGUCUCAGCCCUUAAAGACUUUUCCCCUCCCCCUGUGUACUCUGCCGACCUCCCUCAAUAAAGGAC